AUGAGUGUUCCAAAAAUCAACUAAUUACAGUUUUGGAAAUCAGUUAAUGACAUUCGGUAUGGUGAAAUCAAAGUCUACAAAUUAAAUGAUGGCCAUGCUGUUGCUGUAAAAGAUCACAUCUUUCAAGAUGAUGAAUAAUGGCAUCUCUUUAGACAACAGGCAGAAUAACAGAUGUAAUCUAGACAGAAAGAUCCAUUCUUAAUAGAAAUGCUGGAUUUGUAAUUUAUCACCGAAAAAGAAUUAUGCACUCAGAUGACUUAAGCACAUAGUGUAUAUGAGUAUUUUGAUGAAUACUUGGAAAGAUUGAUUGUAGAACAAGCAGCAUCUAAGCAACAUUUUGAAGAAAUAGAAAUAGCAGCCAUGCUUCAUUGUACUGUAUUAUCUUUAUUCAUUUCAUUCUAGUUGAUAGCCAUUCAAAAGUUGAGCAGUCAACAAAGGUCACAUGGAGACAUCAGACCGCUCACAAUAAGUGUCACAUCCUUUCCUAAAAACUGUCCAAUCCGAUAACAUGAACCAUACCCAAUUUAUAAAUUAACAGAUAUUCAAUCACUAACAGACUUAAAUGCUUUCAAACGAUGUGUGUCCAAAUAAGUGGGAAACUACAAUUUAAGUCCUGAAUAAUUGCAAUUUCUUAAACAAAAAGUGCUAAGACCCACAUAUGAUAUGAACAAAUCAGAUGUCUUCAGCAUCGGCUUAACCGCCCUGUAGAUGACAACACUGAAAAGUAUCAACGAUAUUUAUGACUACCCUCAUUAUCUGAUUAAUACAGAGAAGUUAGAUACCUACAUACGAGAGAUGAAAACACUGUAUAGUGAACAGUUAUGUUCUAUAGUGUGUUAAUUGUUAUAAUUAGCCCCUGAAACUAGACCUAAUUCAAGACAGGCCAAUGAUCUGUUAAUUGGUUACAGAUUUCAACUUGAAGAUUAUUUCAGACAAUCUACUCUUUAAGAAACCUUACCUAAUUAUUCUAUUGAUUUUAGAUUGCAAAAUAGUAAUCAAAAAAUCGAGUAAUAAGUGGUCAGCAGAGUUGUAGACACUACUGAUGUUUAUGAACAAUUAGAGCUUCUGGAAUAAAGAACUAAAAUUGCACUUCAAAGAAGUUAGGAUGCUUAAAAUAAGUGCCAAAAAACACCAGGCAAACAAUUAGAACAAACUAGAAGUUGCUAAUUAUACAGCAAUCUAACUCCCAUCACUUAAUAAGAACUUUAAUUAUAAUUAAGCGAUUACAAGCAAGAUAAUUUAAAUCAACAAUCUCCAUACUAUCACUAGCAUGCCAAUUACCAAAAACAAGAAAUUAAUCAAUUUUAGAUCCAAGAACAUGAACAAUAUGAUUAUAAUUAAUAAGAAAUUGAGGACAAGCCUAAGCAAAGUGUUGUGGAAUAAUUUACUCCCUCCAAUUUAAAAACCAUAGAACAAAGACCCAAUAUUUAUAAUGCAACUACGCUUUCAUAAUAAUAAUUAUUUGAAUCAAUUAAUACUGAUUAAGCCAAAUCCUUUUAGCAAUAAUAAUAUUCUUAAUAAUAUCAGAAUCAAUCAAAAUACUAGCCAUAACCUAGGUAAUCUUAACUUCUUAGAGAUUAAGAGUUGACAAAGUAAUUGACUGGAUAAUAGGAAAUUAUCUCCAACUAUUAGCAGUUACAAGAUAAUCAUGAGUAAUCUCCUUAUAAUUCCAAAUAAGAUAUCCAUUAGCAACUCUCAGAUCAUUUUGAUGCCUAACAAUAAGUGGCAGUAAGAUUAUCAGGCACCUAAGCAUAGAGGUAGAGACAACAGACUGGUUCCAUUGUAGAAACUAGAAGAUCUAAUCAUUAAUGA